ACAGGGGGUAGAUACACCCCAGAGGAGGAGGAGAGCGGACCUGCCCCGCAUCCAGCCCCUUCCUCGCGCAAGCCUUCCGAUCCCUUCCCCACUCCAGUCGGGGAAACGGGAGAUUCCAGCUCAGAGCCUCCUGGGCUUUGGCGCACAGACACCGGCAGGACUCUGGUCGCGUAGGCGACCCCCACUCGGGAUCUCCAGGAUUUCGUGUUUUCCAGCUCUGGGCCUUGCUGCGCAAGGAGUUCCAGACGCAGCUUCAGCACCAGGCGUAGGCUCAGCCACAUCCCCGACCCCAGCUGGCAGGACGUGCCCCUCGGUGCCAGCCCGGCGUCGGCCCCGGUCCCAGCCACCCCGGUCGCCCCAGCAUUGGUCCAAGCAUGUCUAUGCAGUAUGAAAAGUUCCAGCAUUCGGAGACAGAGAAGCAAAGCCAGGGGUCUAGAAACAGGCCGCCUCCGCCUCUCCACCACCUGCAGCGGCUCUGCUCUGGCCCCCGGCCCUUCCUGCUCUCCCUGGGCAUCAGCCUCCUCCUGCUGGUUGGCAUCUGUGUGAUCGGAUCCCAGAAUUCCAAGUGUCAGAGGGACCUGGUGACCCUGGGAGCCACUUUCAGCAACUUCACCUCAAGCACUGUGGCCGAGCUCCAGGCCCUGAACGCCCAGGGUGGCAGUUUGCAAGAAACGACAACGUCUCUGAAAGCCGAGGUGGAAAAUCACAAGCGGGAGCUGCAAGCAGCCCGCAGCCUGAACGACAAGGUGUUCGCCCUGGAGAGCAAGCUGGAGAAGGACCAGCGGCAGCUGCAAGCAGAUCAUUCCGAUACCCUCGCUCGAGUCCAGCAGCUGGCCAAGGACCUGAGGACCCUGACCUGCCAGGUGGCCGCUCUCAAGAGCAACGGCUCUCAAAGUACCUGCUGCCCGGUCAACUGGCUGGAGUUCGAGGGCAGCUGCUACUGGUUCUCGCGCUCCGGGAACACCUGGCCGGAGGCUGAGAAGCACUGCCGGCUGGAGAACGCGCACCUGGUGGUCGUCAACUCCAGGGAGGAGGAGAACUUUGUGCAGGAACAUAUAGGCUCCUUACACGCCUGGAUGGGCCUCAGUGAUGCCGAAGGAGCCUGGAAAUGGGUGGAUGGGACGGACUAUGAGACCAACUUCAAGAACUGGAGGCCGGGCCAGCCGGACAACUGGCAUGGGCACGGGCUGGGCGGGGGCGAGGACUGUGCCCACUUCCUCCCCAACGGCUGGAACGAUGAUGUCUGCCAGAGACCCUACCGCUGGGUGUGCGAGGCCCGCCUGGGUGUGGCCGGCUAGCGCGGCGGCCGAGCGCUGCCCGCGGGCCACCCGGCCACCAAGCUGCAGGGAGUGGGAGGGGGCCUUCCCCUGAGACCCCUGAUAGGACCCCGUGGGACAGGACUGAGCCCUGGGAGUUUGGGUCACUGCCACCGUUUUGGAUGUUACCCUCCUUGGUGUUCAAAAGACCAUCUAGACUUCCUUCA